GUCACUCAGUCCCCGAACACCAUGACUGAGGACAUUUACACCAAUGGCUCAGCGACUCUGGGCAGCCCUUCCCACAGCAACGGCCGCGAGGUGCGGAAGAUACGCCUCGUCCAGUUCGAGAAGGUCACAGAGGAGCCCAUGGGAAUAACACUGAAGCUCAACGACAAGCAGAGCUGCAUGGUGGCCAGGAUCUUCCACGGGGGCAUGAUUCACAGACAAGGCUCCCUUCACGUGGGUGAUGAAAUUGUAGAGAUCAAUGGGCAGAGUGUGAGCAACCACUCGGUUGACCAGCUGCAGAAGAUGCUGAAAGAAACCAAGGGGAUGGUGUCAAUAAAAGUAAUUCCCAACCAACAAAGCCGCCUCCCUGCUCUCCAGAUGUUCAUGAGGGCACAGUUUGACUACGACCCCAAAAAAGACAACCUGAUCCCCUGCAAGGAAGCAGGGCUGAAGUUUCAGACCGGCGAUGUGAUUCAAAUCAUAAACAAGGACGACAGCAACUGGUGGCAGGGCCGGGUGGAGGGUUCCUCCACCGAAUCAGCAGGACUCAUCCCUUCUCCAGAGCUGCAGGAGUGGCGUGUGGCGAGCGUCACCCAGUCCAGUCAGAGCGAAUCCCCAAGCUGUAGCCCCUUUGGAAAGAAGAAGAAAUGCAAAGAUAAAUAUCUGGCCAAGCACAGCUCAAUUUUUGACCAGCUGGAUGUGGUUUCCUACGAGGAGGUGGUGAGGCUGCCUGCCUUCAAGAGGAAGACUCUGGUGCUCAUCGGGGCCAGCGGCGUGGGCCGUAGCCACAUCAAGAACGCUUUGCUCAGCAACAACCCGGAGAAGUUCAUGUACCCACCCCCAUACACCACACGCCCCCAGAAGAAGAAUGAGGUGGACGGGAAGGACUACUACUUUGUCUCCACCGAGGAGAUGACCCGAGACAUCUCGGCCAAUGAGUUCCUGGAGUUUGGAAGCUACCAGGGAAACAUGUUUGGCACCAAGUUUGAAACCGUGCACAAGAUCCACCAGCAAGACAAAGUCGCUAUUUUGGACGUUGAGCCCCAGACCCUGAAGAUCAUCCGCACGGCCGAACUCUCCCCGUUCAUAGUCUUCAUCGCCCCGACAGACAAGGCAGAGCAGUCAGAGGCAUUGCAGCAGCUCCGGAAGGAUUCGGAGAGCAUCCGGAGCCGAUACGCACACUACUUCGACCUCUCCCUGGUCAACAACGGGGUGGAAGAGAGCCUCCAGCUGCUGCAGGAAGCCUUCGAGCGGGCCUGCAGCUCCCCGCAGUGGGUGCCCGUCUCCUGGGUGUACUGAGGGCAGCAAACCCAGCCACUUCCAUCAGCCAUCCUGCAGCCAUGGGGAGAAACCUCCUCAGCUUUCCCCCCAGUCCACAUACAGCCCAGCACAACUCCCUUCCUCCCCAGC